AUGAGCUUUUUCAAUAAAAUAUUCGGAGGGAAAGAAAAAGAUGAAGGUCCUACCCCAGGCGAAGCUAUCCAGAAGCUUAGAGAAACUGAAGAAAUGUUAUACAAAAAACAGGAAUUUUUAGAAAAGAAAAUAGAAGAAUACACAUUAUUAGCUAAGAAAAAUGCCUCUAAGAAUAAACGAGUGGCCCUUCAAGCUCUUAAGAAGAAGAAAAGAUUGGAAAAGACUCAACUGCAAAUCGAUGGAACACUUACAACUAUUGAAAUGCAAAGAGAAGCCCUCGAAGGAGCUAGUACUAACACAGCGGUUUUAGAUUCUAUGAAAAAUGCUGCUGAUGCCCUUAAAAAAGCACACAAGAACCUGGAUGUUGAUAAUGUUCAUGAUAUAAUGGAUGAUAUAGCGGAACAACACGACAUUGCCAAUGAGAUCACAAACGCUAUUAGUAAUCCAGUUGGUUUCUCAGAUGAUAUGGAUGAAGAUGAAUUAGAAAAGGAACUGGAGGAGCUCGAACAAGAAGGUUUAGAAGAAGAUUUACUCAAGGUUCCCGGACCUACAGAACUUCCAGCCGUGCCCGCUGGAGCUAUUGCUAAGCCGGCAGUUGUUAAACCUGCAGCUAGAAAAGUCGAGGAUGACGAUGAUAUGAAGGAAUUAGAAGCAUGGGCAUCAUAAAACUUUCUUAACAGAUGUAAUCUGAAGAAUUUGGAUUGUCAGAUAAAAAAAAUGUUAAUGUUGGCUUCUUCUAUAGGCUUUAUAAUUAUUUUUCAAAAUGGAUCUAGGGGUUAACAUUAAAAUUUGUAUGUAUUUUGAAUACUUGAAACCCCCGUAUUUUUUUAAUGUUAAUUAUUAAUAAUGAUUUAUGUAUAUUUUUUUUUUAUAAGAAUAAACCAGAUAUCCUGUACAUAUUUUACAUCCGACUACAUACAGAUAGGAAGAGUUCUUUAAAUGUUUUAUUGGUGCAUUAUUGUAGAUAGAUAACAUGUGAUAAAGGUUAAAUUAAUGGAAAAUAUAUUUAAAUUAUUUAGCUGAAUUCCAGCACGUAUCAUAUUUUCUUAAUUAUCAGCUUUUUAUUUUCCUCAAAAGUUCCACUUCCCACUGUUUACUUGUCUUUGAUCGUACCAUCCUAGUUUUUAUCUUAUGGUCCAAUUUUACCCCUAAUACUUUUCUGUGUUGCCUCCAAUACAUUGUUUUAUAUACAGCUAGCACAGGUUUUGAAUCCUACUGAUUGUGACCAACUUUUUUUCUCUUGAGGUUUCCUAUUGUAUUAAGAACUUGUUCUGUCUUGCAUAGAAUGUUAUUUUCUGAGUUGGUCUACACCAGUCAUACUCAACCUUUUUUUUCUUCGGGCCACAUUCGUAUGUUUGGAUUGUUACACGGCCGCAAUAUUUUUGGAUGAUUACCCUUUAUUUAGGUCAUCCAUUGAAAAUUAGAGAGUGGGUCCCUCUAAUAAAUAGCCGGGUUACUACAAAAACAAGAUAACUUACAUUUUUAGAGUUUUGAGAAAACGGUCAAAGAUUUAAAUUUAAAUAAAGAAUCAGUAAAAGCUUCAAACUGUUUAAUACACAGUAACUCCAAUGAAAAAAAAGUAUUCAAAACAUAAUUAGUCUUCACAAAGUAUAAACUAAGAAUCAAUCUAACAGUUGGUAACAAAAAAAAGGCACUUAGUUUAUUCUGGCUAUCUACAUACAUACAGGUCAUAACAUUCAAUGUCUGUGUCACUAUCUCCAAUGGAAGGUUCACGUACCGAGUAUUUAACAUUAUUGGAUACAGGUAGAUUGUGACAAUAAUAGUGAAUUCAUGAGGUGUAGCACCUGAUUUGCAAAGUUUUAGUAAAUCUUUCUUCUUGGCAUUAUUAAUGUCUUGUAUUUUCAGAGCUUUUCACCCUUUCAGGCAUCCCUCUCCUUGAGUUUUUCAAGCAAUCUGAAAAGCUGGUGUUUUGCUGUUUUUUCGGUUACUUAAGAAGUACAUCUGGUCGGUUUAGCGCGCAAACAAUAUGGAGACGUCAGCGUUCCCGCUAGUUACAGCUUGACCAAUCAAUAAUUGACCACCGCGAUUCAGGCAUCACGUGUUAUCUUCUAUUGGUUUUUGAA